AUGAUCCAUAUGGUAAGGGGGUCAAGAUGCCACCGAAACCCUCUCCUCCUCCUGCAGUUUCUUCCCAUCCACCAGAACCUGAGAACUCACCUCAUUCACCAUCCCUUCAAUUAGCCUUGAAUUUACCAAGCACGUUCACACGGGAAGAAUUGGCAACGGCAACCGAUAACUUUUCGAAUGCCAAUCUCCUUGGACAAGGAGGUUUUGGUUAUGUGCACAAGGGAGUUCUUUCAAAUGGUAGAGAAGUUGCAGUUAAGCAACUGAAAGAAGGAAGUCAUCAGGGGGACCGUGAAUUUAAAACAGAAGUUGAGAUCAUCAGCCAAGUGCAUCACAAGCACCUUGUUUCGUUAGUUGGCUACUGCAUCACUGGAUCACAACGUAUGCUUGUUUACGAGUUUGUUCCAAACCACAGCUUGGAAUUUCAUUUACAUUGGGGAGUCAUGGGCCUAGGGAAUUGCUUACUGGGAAAAGAAAGUCAUGCCAUGGAUUGGCCCACAAGACUAGAGAUUGCUCGAGGGGUUGCCAAAGUACUGGCCUAUCUGCAUGAGGAGUUUACAAAUGAGAAAAUGCCAAAUGGAAUUUUUACUUUGGUGCUCAUUCUUGUCUCUAUAUCAGUUUCAGACUUUGGACUUGCAAAGUUUUUUCCCGAUAACUAUACUCACAUAUCCACUGCAGUGAAGGGAACUUUUGGAUACAUGGCUCCAGAGUAUGCUUCUUCUGGUAGACUUACAGCGAAGUCUGAUGUUUUCUCAUUUGGAGUUGUGCUUCUGGAAUUAGCAAGGCGCCCGCUCUUGCGAGCUUUAAAAGAUGGAAACUUUAGUGCCCAUGUUGAUCCACGGUUGCAAAUGUGUUACGUCCACAACGAGAUGGUUUGCAUGGUUGCUUGUGCUGUUUCUUGUGUGCGUCGUUCAGCAAAACAAACGUCCAACAAUGAGCCAGAGGCCUUAAAAGGAAACUUUCCUUUAUCUGAUCUUAACGAGGGAAUCCCCCUUGCAAACAACGGCAGCCUAGACGAUGACACUAACCAGAACAACGAGGAUAUUGAGAGACUCGGGAGGAUGGAUUUCGGAACCCAGGACUCUGGCAACGCCGAGUACAGUGAGCCUACCAGCAGAAAUGGA